AUGGCGGCUGAGUUGUUGGGAAACUCGUCUACACAAAACAGUCCUUCUUCCGCUGUAGCCGCCUCCACCAAACUUAGCUUUGCGAACUUCAACCAGAACUUCUCCUGCAUCUCUGUCGGCUAUAACGAUGGCUACCGUGUCUACAACUGCGAGCCGUUUGGCCAAUGUUACGAGUACCGCGAUGGAAGCUUUGAAAUCGUGGAGAUGCUCUUCACAUCGUCACUAUUAGCGCUUGUCGGAACAGGCGAACAAGAUGCGCUUUCGCCGCGACGACUAAGAGUAAUCAACACAAAGCGGCAGACCACAAUUUGCGAACUCACUUUUCCGAACACUAUUUUAGCUGUCAAGAUGAACCGCGAGCGGCUGAUUGUCUUACUAGAGACCACCAUUUACAUCUAUGAUAUAAACAAUAUGCGCUUACUACACACAGUGGAAAUCCCCGCCAAUUCUUCUGGAUUGGUGGCUCUUUCCGCUUCAACCGAUCACAAUUAUUUGGCAUAUCCUUCUCCACCGCGAGUGGCGGCCAUCGGAGACGUCAAACAGGGAGUAAAAAAUUCAUCUGGCGGUGGCGUGGGUGAUGGUGGUAUCAGCAUUAGCAGUGGCAACACCGGCGGCAUCAUCAGCGCGGGUAAUGGGAUUUUGGACGUCGGUGGUAGCGGGAGUUCCAUAGUGGAAGCUACGGCCGGUGCUACUGGUAGCGGUGGUAGGGGAAAUAAGGACGGUGUUCACGGGAGGAAUGGGGCCGCCACGUCUCAACUACGCCGCGGAGAUGUGGUGGUGUUCAACUGUGAAACGCUUCAGCCCAUUAGCGUCAUAGAGGGCCAUAAAACAAAGCUCGCGGCCAUUGCUCUUUCGCGCGAUGGAACUUUGUUGGCAACGGCCAGCGACAAGGGAACCAUCAUACGAGUGUUCAGCGUGGAGCGCGGCAUUAAGCUCUACCAGUUCCGUCGGGGAACAUAUCCCACCAAAAUCUACUCGUUGGCGUUCAGUGAGGAUAACCGCUUUGUGGUGGCCAGUUCUGCCACCGAGACUGUACACAUCUUCCGCUUGGGCGAAGAGGAGUUGAUCAAUACGCAGCGCCGCAGAAGCCGCAGAAGGGGGAGCGCUGGGGGUUCAGCUGAAGCGUUCACGCAUCUGACGGGGACCGCAUCCACCAGAUACACUGAAUCCACUGGAUCCGCUGGGUCUGUAUCCGCCGAGUCUGACGGCUCCUCCGACGAUUCAGAAAAUGUUCUUGACGACGACGACUGCAUUGAGGCCUACGAUGUCCUCGAACCCCUACCGGACAGUCUUGAGCGCAAGAAAUCAACCUCUUCGGGAACCUCGUCAGGCAGCUCUAACAGCCUAAAAAUGGAACCUGUUGUAGAUUCGUCGCGGCGGUCCGUGGCGCGAAUGCUACGACGCACGUCUCAGAGUUUGGGCCGCAAGGCGGCGGAGAAAAUGGGCGGAUACCUGCCACCGCGUUUCUCUUCGAUUUUGGAGCCCAACCGCCAUUUUGCAUCCCUCAAAGUUCCCGCCUCCAAAGACACUUCGACAAUCGUUGGAAUUGGAGGCAUGACAGCAAAUUAUUUACGAGAGGACGAUACUAAUUCUGCAGAUGCGGGGGCCGACCUCGCUCAUAAAAAUGCUCUGCUGAUCAUGGUGGUAACAUCGGAGGGCUUUUUCUAUACAUUUGAACUGGAUCCUGAUAGAGGCGGAGACUGCGUUUUACUUAACCAGCGGAGUUUGUUGGAGUGA